UAUCCAGAACCUUAAAAUCCUUGCAGUGGGUUUCCUUGUCUUGUUUGUGACCAUGAAGAGGAUGUGGCCAAAGUUUCUUCAUUAACUAUGUUUUUUUGCUGUAGAUUUUUGGUAAAUUAUCUUUUAUAUCAUUUGUCUACUUAAAGAAAUUCCUUUCCAUCCCUGGUCUGUUUGCAGCCUACCAUCUUCAGCAUUCGUAAACUGUUCUAUCUGCAUGGCCUGGACCUUCCACAGAACAGUGUGAUAAGCUUGGUAACUACUCUGUAAGGCUUACCUGCCCUCUUAGGUUUCUCUCUGUUUCUUCUGCUUUUCCUCAGGCCCAUGUUAGAUCUGCGAUUUCUCCAGCGGUUCCUACAGAUACAGAAGGUUUUGUUUCCCUCUUGGUCGUCACAGAAUGCCUUGAUGUUCCUGACCCUUUUGUCUGUGGCCCUACUGGAGCAACUGGUGAUCUACCGGGUUGGCUUGAUCCCCAGUCAGUACUAUGGGGUCCUGGGAAACAAAGACUUCGAUGGGUUUAAGACCUUGACAUUCCUGGCUGUCGUGCUCAUUGUUCUCAACUCCAUGCUGAAGAGCUUCGACCAGUUCAUCUGCAACCUGCUGUAUGUGAGCUGGAGGAAGGACCUCACCGAGCACCUCCAUCGCCUCUACUUCCGGGGCCGCGUGUACUACACUCUCAACGUGCUGCGCGAUGACAUCGAUAACCCGGACCAGCGCAUCAGCCAGGACGUGGAGCGGUUCUGCCGGCAGCUCAGCAGCAUGGCCAGCAAGCUGAUCAUCUCCCCCUUCACGCUCAUCUACUAUACCUAUCAGUGCUUCCAAAGCACAGGCUGGCUCGGGCCUGUGAGCAUCUUUGGGUAUUUCAUCCUGGGAACGAUGGUGAACAAAGUGUUGAUGGGACCCAUUGUGGCGAAGUUGGUGCAGCAGGAGAAGCUGGAGGGGGAUUUCAGGUUCAAGCACGUGCAGAUCCGGGUGAAUGCUGAGCCUGCUGCUUUCUUCAGAGCUGGGCAUGUGGAGCACAUGAGGACAAACCGCAGGCUGCAGAGACUCCUUCAGACCCAGAGGGAGCUGAUGUCCAAGGAGCUCUGGCUGUACAUUGGCGUCAACACGUUUGACUAUCUGGGCAGCAUCCUGAGUUAUGUCGUGAUCGCCAUCCCCAUUUUCAGUGGCGUCUACGGAGACCUGAGCCCCACAGAGCUCAGCACCCUGGUCAGCAAGAAUGCCUUUGUGUGUAUUUACCUCAUCAGCUGCUUCACCCGGCUCAUCGACCUCUCCACCACACUCUCAGAUGUGGCUGGUUACACACACAGACCCUCCUCAGGUUUUUACUUCUUGCCCAGGAUCGGGGAGCUUCAGGAGGCCCUGCUGGACAUGUCCCUGAAGUUGCAGGACAGUGAGAUUCUGGACGAGAGCGAGUGGGACUUGGACAGGGCCCCGGCAUGGCCAGUAGCAGAGCCAACAGACACAGCUUUUCUCCUUGAACGGGUCUCCAUCUCUGCCCCCUCCUCUAACAAACCCUUGAUCAAGGAUCUGAGCCUGAAGAUCUCUGAGGGGCAGAGUCUGCUCAUCACGGGCAACACGGGCACCGGCAAGACCUCACUGCUGCGGGUUCUGGGUGGCCUCUGGGCGAGCACUCGGGGCUCGGUGCAGAUGCUUACGGACUUUGGACCCCAUGGGGUAUUGUUCCUGCCACAAAAGCCAUUCUUCACUGACGGGACCCUCCGGGAGCAGGUGAUAUAUCCCCUGAAGGAGAUCUACCCAGACUCAGGUUCUACUGAUGAUGAGAGGAUCAUGAGGUUCUUGGAGUUGGCAGGCCUGUCCAGCUUGGUGGCAAGGACAGAGGGUCUGGACCAGCAGGUCGAUUGGAACUGGUAUGAUGUUCUGUCCCCGGGGGAGAUGCAGAGGCUCUCCUUUGCCCGACUCUUCUACCUGCAGCCGAAGUACGCAGUACUUGAUGAAGCCACCAGUGCCCUGACUGAGGAGGUGGAGAGCGAGCUCUACCGCAUCGGCCAGCAGCUGGGCAUGACCUUCAUCAGCGUGGGACAUCGGCAGAGCCUUGAGAAGUUUCACUCCUUGGUUCUGAAACUCUUUGGAGAAGGAAGAUGGGAACUGACCAGAAUCAAAGUGGAAUGAAGCCCAGGAUGUGGCUGGCCACCAGAAGGAGAGCCAAGCUUGGGGCAGGUCGUUAGUCUCCAGGAGAGACCAAGAGAACUGACGGGCAAGGAAUGAGCCCCAGGUUCACCUCACAGGUCCUCUGUGGGGAGCGCUGGCAGCAGGAGGCUUCACCCAGGAGUGGCCCUCCGUGGGGCACUCAGUCCUGUCAGAGCUCCCCUGCCACCUCAGCCAGAGCUCCAUACGUGUGAAGUGCUGAUUCCUUACAAAUUACCUCAGAUCGUGUUUUCUAAAGAAAAACCUGAAAGUGUGGGAUCUAUAAGGAAUGCAGAGUGAAAGUAGAGAGAGUAUUGUACUUGGAGUUAAGAGAUCCAGAAGUCUUUUAAAUCAAAACUUUUAGGUUUUGCAACAAUAGAUGUUUAAUUUUAAUCAACUAUUUAGAUUUUAUAACUUUUUAAAAAAGAAAAGAU